UUCAGCGAAAAUUUUGCGAUGGCGGAAUCAUUUUCUGAAGUUGGAAAAACAGCAGUAAAGGGUGCUCUGGAUGUUAGUUUAGGGUAUAUGAAACUUCCUCAGGGUGGCGGUAAAAUUUUAAUACACAUCAGUACUGACAAUAUACAAGUAGCUAAAGAAUUAUGUAAACUUGGUGGAUAUGUUGGCCUCGGUAUUGGAGCGAUCACACUUGGUACUCUGCUUGGCUAUAGAUUGUUAAGACCAUUAAUCAAGGACGCUGUUAAUGAAGUCUUGGGUGGUAGAAGAGAUGACCAAGACGAUCCGAACAUCAGACCAGGAGAAUCUCUGCAUGUUCUACUGCAUUGUUUAACAGAUGAGAGAUUUCUUGAAGUUUUAAAAGAUUAUGAAUCUGGAGGAAUAAAAGAACGUUUGCAGAAAGAAUUCUCGCACAUUGGUAUUGAAGUAGAAGGAAUGAAGGUCGAGAUUGAAAACAUGGAAGAAGUAGAAAAAACAAGAACGGCUAUAAGCAAGAGGUAUAUAAAUCAUUAUUGGAAUUUAAAUGUGACUAUGAAGUAAGAUCAAUUACCAAUUUUCCUUUGCGUUUCAGGAGCUCUUCUUACCCAACUGAAGUAAUGGGAGAAGAUGAAGCAACUACUGCAAAGCACCAAGGUAUUCACUGACUUUAAAAUUCAAAAAUUUUCGCUAAUCUGGCACUAUAGGGAGUAAAAGCUUCACGUUUCCGGGAACGGCAGGUUCCAACUUUCUUGGCAAAAUUUUCGUUGAACGUUUUCGUUUCAUAUUUUCUUUCUUGUGCUAAAAGAAUAAUCAUGCAUUGCAGUUUUAAAACAGCAAGUUCAAUUAGUAAUACCCUUUAUUGCCUGAUACCGUAAAAUUUUUCUUUGCCUGGCGUUUGCCGUUUGCCGUAUAACGGAAAGCUUAAACUCUCUAAUAAUGAACGCAUUAUUCACAAAAAGCCUUCUACACCAAACCAAAAAUUCUCGGACAUUUAUUUAACGCCAAAUGAACACGCCAAAAAUGCAGUCCUGUUCAAAGAUUAUAAAUUUGUAUUACAAUGGUAAUCAAUCAGAAAAAUCUAUUAUAAUUAUUACAAAUUACUUCAAAUAAAUUUGUACUGUAAGAUUGAACUGUGGAUUGACGUUCAGAUUUCAGGCAACCCCCCCCCCCAAAAAAAAAAAAACUCCGGCUGCUUCGCUAUGUCCCAUUUUUAACCAAAAUGUUUGUCCUUAAGGUUUCUACAUAGAUGUUUCCGAGAAACAUGGCAAUUGGCUGACUGUAGGCGAACUAAUUCGUUCGAUCCGGAAACCAAUUUCUACAUACGUUGAUAAAAUUGUUAAAGCAUUCCACGAAAAGCUGCGCAAAGAUUUGCUCCCUGUUGGCAAGUGCAGAAGCCCUGAAGACUGCAAAAAGAAGACUAAGCCUAGCGAUUUAUGUAAAUCAUGUAAAUGCUGGUUUAAGAAGCUCGAGGCUUCGCAUGAAAAGGGUAACAAUCCCUCAUGGCAUAAAAACUGCAAAAGUGCUGAAUGGUCUGAAGAUCACUGGGAGGUGGCGAAAUUCUUCAUGCCUGCACUUGGAUCUAACCUUAGUUCUACAAAAGAUGCUGAAUCUACCGACCUUUCUUCACUUCUCAACGUGCUCGAAUGGAUGAAGGAUGGGGCAUUUCUAAUUGGUAAAGAUCGAGUCAGCGUGGAUCUUCUAAGAAAACUUCGUUCUCAACGAAAUCCCUGGGCACAUGCACCAAAACAAAAAUUCACUGAUCACGAAAAGGCCGAAAGUUUCUCGAUUGCCACCGAGUUUCUUGAAGAUCUGGAGAAGGUAUUUCCCCAUGCAGAAAACGCACAGUGUUUGAAGCAUCUCCAAGACUUGAAGAACAGUGGAGUCAUCAAUGUCGUUGAAAGUGAACUGCAAAGCUUGUUGUUACAACGCCACUUGUUGGACGACAUUAAAGAAGAGAUCACAACAAUGAAAGUCGAGCGUUCAUUCGACAAAAGCGCGAUUGAAGAACAUGAACAAAAGCUGAUGAAAUUAGAAUGUGCAUUGAGUGAAUGUUGCCAAAGAAUGACUGACUUCGAAACUUUCAAAGAGAACAUUAAUAAACAAUUCGACAAUUUCGCAGAAGAAUGGAAAUCCUUUCGUGUAAUUCCGGAGGAUAUUCAUGAAAUACGCAACAGCAUUGGGCAAAUUCGUGAUGAUCUCGCCAAGAUUAACGAACGGCAAAAAGACGAGCGAGAACCAACGAGUUGCUUACCAGAUAAAUUGCCAAUGUUCACCGCUCGCGAAGCCGAGAUCCAAAAAGUCAUCACUCUCCUGAAGGACGAAGGAAAAGCUGUUGUAUCUCUCCAUGGCGGACCUGGGUUUGGCAAGACUGCCAUCGCAAUCGAAGUGUCGCAUAAGCUAAGUGAAGACCACAACAUUCCUGUUAUUUUUUCUCAAUUAACCACCGCAACCACUGUAGAUGAAAUGGUUCUACGACUUUGUCGCGAUGUUGGUGUUUACCAUGAAGAUAAAGAUGACCCUAAGUCAUCGUUGAUUCUCUGGUUAAAAAAUGUCAAAAGCAAAGUAAUUUUUGUUAUGGACGACAUCGACAACCUGCUUGAAGAGAAAACAAGUUUCUACAGGUUUAUCCGCUUGCUGCGAAAGAAUUCAAAUCAGCAUUGUCAGAUCGUUACGACUUCCAGAACUUCCUGUGAAAUUCGCGAACUCUUAACUGGUGAAGUUCAAGUUGACGAAAUGGAUGAAGAAGCAUGUAUAGAGCUUUUGAGAAAACAAUGUCCUGAUCAGGAAGAUGAAUUUUUGCGAAGAUUGGAUGAACUUUGUGGCAAAAUACCUCUUGCUAUGUGCAUCGCAGGUUCCCGAGUUGACGACUUUGAAAAUUCUGAUGAAUUAUUACAGCACCUGGAAAACCAACCAAUGAAGAUUUUGGAAUGUCCUGAGAGUGAUCAGUACGUUUAUCGAGCUAUCAACAUGUCUUAUGAAAAGUGUUCUACUGAAGAGAAAGAAACGUUGUGUCGUUUGGCAGUUUUCGAAGGAAACUUCAGUGAGGAGGCCGCCAGAGUUGUGAUCAAGAAAGAGAAUCUAGAUACUAAACGUGUGUUGAAAAAACUUGUUCGCCGAAGUUUGAUCAAACAACCAACCAAGCACCGAUACUCUAUUCAUCUCUUGAUCAAACACUUCUUAAAGUAUCAACAAGAAAGCGAAAACGAAACAGCAGAAAGAGCGCGUGCACAAAUGAUGCGUGCGGAAGUGUUGAUGGUUAAAUACUACUUGGAUUUGGGACACGACCUAACUAUGAAAAGUUACUCCAAAGAUGGAUACAAAGCAAACAGAGAAGCUUUAAAGCAGGAAGCGCACAACAUCCAGAACGUGCUCAAAAUUUGUUGUCAGCAGAAAUAUCCCAAAUCCUCCGACAUCUCUGACUGCCUUGCACACAGUAAAGUUUACACCAACUCAGCCAGAUUCUUUUCACUCUUCGUUAGAACCAUCAUCCCUGGGUCCAUCGUUGACGAGUUCCUACAACGAUGCGCAAACCUGGCCGAAGAGAAGAAGCAACAUGCUAUCAAAAUAAAUUUUGAUUGUUUGGUAGCAGACCAGGAACGCAACAAAGCAAUUGGUAAAUCUGAUGAGUGUUUUAAUUCAAAAAUGGAAGAAAUCAACAGAGAGUUCGAUGCGCACUAUGAAGAUUUAAAGGAAGACAAGUCGCUUUGUGCUCAUUACUAUUACCAGUACGGUAGAUAUCUGUCACGUAAGUCUGAAAGUGAAAAGGAUGAAAAUCGGUUAGAUCUGCAGGUUCAAGCACGUGAUGAGCUGGAAAAAUCGUUGAAAUUAAGGAGAACGUUAACUGACACAUCCGUGGGAAUAGCAGAUACGGUGUUCUCAUUGUUGCGUCUUGGAAAUGAAUGCAAGUUGAUUUCUACAAAUGAAUACUAUCUUCAUAAAACAGACGAUUCUAAGAAUUCAUUGAAACAAGCUGAAGAAUAUUACGAAGAAGCUAUAAAAUUGUCCCAAAACCAUCUUGGAGAGCACGAGCUUACAGCAGCAUGUUACAAAACUCUUGGGGAUCUAUUCUUAAGAAUUAAAAAUCCUGAGAUGGCCGAGAAAAGCUACACCAUUGCUACAGAAAUGCGGGAAAACCUGGGCCUUGACGCCAGUGAAAGACACGUUUAUCUACUUAACAACCUGGGCAAAAGUUUGACGAUGAUUAACCGUCUAGAUAAAGCUAUUGAAGUUCUGCAAAACGCUCGCGACAUGGCGGAAAAACUUGCUGACAGCGACGACCCAAAUGAAUGCAAGGCAAAGGUAUAUACAUCAUUGGCAUUUGCACACGACAAGGCACAAAACUAUUCCGAUGCCGUUAACUACGCCAAAAAAGCAAUGAAAUUCCAGCAAAUACGAAAACUCAAUAGAAAAUAUGAGUAUACGAAACUUCAGGAGAUUUUACAAAUAACUUUAGAAAAAACUGAACGUUUCACUUUUUGAAUAUUUCAUACAAUCCUAUUUGUAAAAUGGCACGCCCAAGUAGCCUUACAACUAUUGACAAGAUUUAGAUAGUUCAUUAAUGUGACACAAUUACUGAAAUCUGAGUAUACUGUACAUGUGUAUAAUACAGAACAGGUUGAAAAGCUGAAUAGCAAGUUUGUAUAAACUAUGUCGUUUAUUGGUACAACUACCAGAGUGAUAUUGAAAUGUGGAAUUUAUACAUAAAACAUUUAAAAGCAGAAAGUAGUACAGCACGAAAUAUCAUGCAAUUGUGUUAUGCAACAGCUAGGGAUCUUGAUUUUAAGGAUCUGUUCCUCUCACUUAAUGCUUGGGUUAGCUUAAUGAUUAUAAUAAUUAUCUUUUGAGAUUUGUUUUAGAACUAGAAUUUAGAAUUCAG